AAUGCCGUAUUCAUAAUCGCUUUUACGCACUCGAACUUCACUUAAAACUUCUAAAAUAUUUUUGUGCAAUGAGAAUCUUUCAGUUUCUAUUGAGUGUCGCUGCAAUAUCUGCCUGCUAUGCGGACGAAAUACCUAUUGAUGGCUCCCACGGUAUAGACAUAUCAUUUCACGAUCUCCUCCAAUCGGCUGGUGAUAUCGCAACUGGACUUGUUGAAUCAUUAGGCAACCAGUUAACGCCAAGUUAUUUUUUCAAAUUUGUUGGUAAUCUGGUGCUUGGAUUUCCUGUUCAAUUCGGCGCUCAAAUAGUAAACUCUAUAUGUGCGACAGUUUUAACGGAAGAUGCUGUUCAACCCAAUCCCGCCGACGUACCAGACGUUGAGGACAUCUCAAUUCAAUUUCGCACAGCUUGUGACAUAAAGGAGUACGCGUUGACGCAACUAGCAACAAUAGUGGAUGACCCGGACUUCGAUUCAAGCAAACGAGUGGUUAUUGCCUCUUCUGGCUGGCUCACCAAUGCCAACAAGUCUGAUGAUGUGCUUGAAGGCCUGGGAAAGGCUUACAACUGUCGCGGUGAUACGAAUUUCCUGGGCAUCGAUGUUGGUCGUUACAUAGAAACCCUUUACACUUGGUCAUCACUAAAUACCAGACGAAUAGGAGAACUGCUCGCAAUUGCUUUGGUUGAUUUAACCGAAUAUGUGCCGCUUGAAAACAUCCAUUUAAUGGGUCACAGCUUGGGCGCACAAAUCAUGUCCGAAGCAGCCAGAUAUUAUAAGCGCUUAACUGGCAAAGGUAUACCUCGCGUUACUGGAUUUGAUCCCGCCGGACCGUGUUUCAAUUAUGGUCAAAAACUCACCACACUUGCGGCAAGUGAUGCCGAUUAUGUCGACAUCAUUCACAGCAAUCCAGGUAUAGCUGGCCAAAUAUCUCCUACAGGUGAUGCGGAUUUCUUUGUCGGCGGCCGCUUUCCCAUACAAAAUGGUUGCUUCGAAGCGGUUUGUUCGCAUCAACGCUCUUGGCAGUACUAUGUCGAGUCCGUGUAUCCGGGUAAUGAAUACGAUUUUCCUGCUAAACGUUGCGAUUCGCUGCUACAUUUGGAGCAAGGACGUUGUGUGGGCGCCUCGUACCCAAUGGGCUAUGCAAUACCAAAAAAUUUGCAGGGCGUAUUUAUUUUGCAGGUAAAUCCACAAGAACCAUAUGGCAAGAAUGCUUCUUCCAGUUUUACAAGUACCCAAUCGAAGUGUGGUGCUUGUAAGAAUUAAAUUUCUUUUUGGAAUUAUCUAAAGCUACAAAUGCGAAAUUUGCCGAGAGAUAAAUUUAUAUGGUUUUUAUAGUAGAAUGAACUAUAUUUUGUAGAAAAAAAUUUCUCAAAAUUAAAUGAGAAACAAAUAAAUCGCUAAAAUUUGUCAAUAAGUCCUAGUA